CCCGUCUGCCCCGGGUGACAGUCGGAGGUGGCGGCGAGGCUCGCCCCGCCACUCGGGAGUGCCGAACGCCCUGGGAAGAGUCGGCGGGAACGCGGCCAGGCCGGGGCCUGCGUCCUAAAGCGGCGUGCAGCCGGGUCCAACACUUCACUUUUUGAGACUCUGCGCGAUUUAAUGGUGCGCUGAGUUUGCUCCAUAAGGAGGUGGUUUAGAAGAGAUGUAUUAAAUUUAUGAGACAAACUUGUGCUGAUCCAGAAGCCCUGGGUGCAGUGCACAAGCCGUGUGCAGCCAGCAGCAGCACUGACCAGCACCCAGGAUUCUGCUGUCGGAGCGACACAACAGAAGUGAGUGCCUGAGAGGGCUUCACGUGGAAGAGAAAUACUCUUCUUGAUUCCUGCACCCAAAAUUGAAGUCUACCAUUGAAGUCAAUAUAAAAGAAAUGAUAAAAUUUUUUCUUAUGGUAAACAAACAAGGUCAAACAAGACUGUCCAGGUAUUAUGAGCAUGUAGAAAUUAAUAAACGGGCAAUACUGGAAGCUGAAGUAAUCAAAAACUGUCUCUCCCGUUCAAAGGAUGAGUGCUCUUUCAUUGAGUAUAAGGACUUCAAGCUGGUGUACCGACAGUAUGCAGCUCUUUUCAUAGUUGUUGGCAUCGACCAGACAGAGAAUGAGAUGGCAGUAUAUGAACUAAUUCAUAAUUUUGUGGAAGUUUUGGACAAAUACUUCAGCAGAGUGAGUGAAUUAGAUGUAUCCUUUUCAAUCAUGUUCAAUUUGGACAGAGUGCACAUCAUUUUGGAUGAAAUGGUGCUAAAUGGUUGCAUCGUGGAAACGAACCGGAACAGAAUUCUUGCCCCUCUGUUUGUGCUUGACAAAGUGGCAGAAGGCUAGGAAGAUGCAAGAGUGACUAAGGUGUUUUACAAAAGAUGGCAAAAGCAUCAAGAAUGUGCCUAUAGCAGUUUUCUGCUGUUGCAAGACUGACUCACACAACAUUCAAAUUAGUCGGAAAAUAUUUUCCAUUUCUUUAAUGUGUACCCAAUGGGAAAGAUACAGCUAAACAUGUGGAUGCAUUCAGAUGUAGCUUCACUGAUCCAGCAGAAACAUUCCUAGAAUGGUCAAUAAUUUUAAAACAUUUUGAGGAUGAAGAAACUUACCAUCUACCACUUUGAAUUAUGUAGUAUCAUGCCAGACCUAGAAGAUAUAAAACAUAGAAAUAUAAAUUCAAACUGAGUUUCAGUCCUUCCCUUAAGCAUCAGCUUGAUUUAUUUUCAUACAAAUUUACAGUUAAUAAUAGUUCUGUGACUUUUAUGCCCACUUUUUAACUAUAGUCAUCCUUCAUCAAAAAGCUGUUUUUUUCAUCAAAAAAAGGUUUCCCUCCCUUUGCAAUGCAAGUCAUGGACACAAAAAGAAAAGUACAGAUGUAUUAAGUAUUUCUGCAUACUUUGCAAGCUGUAACUGGAAUAAUUUAGCACUUAAAUAUUAUAAUAUUAAUAAAAUAUAAUUAAAAUGGGAAUUUAAAUGCUCUUUUCUCAUGUUUGCUUCAUAAAUUACACAAAAUCUUUUCUUAUUUUGGCAUACCAGGAUAUUUUUUUUUUCUUGUAUACACUAUCUAUUCAUCAAAAUUAAAACUUUUACCAAAGAUGAGUAAUAAUAGAUAUGCAAGUUCUCAGGACCAGGUAGGGAUGGAAUGAAGUCUCCCUUCUUGAGCAGGAAGAUGUAGCUAUGCUAAGUUGCAUUCCCAAGCAUCCAGCAUGCCGAUUCACACUGCACAUGGCGCUGUAAGUCAGGGGACAGUUGGUAAUCUCAGCUCACUUCCACUUACCUUUCUAGAACUUGUAUCUGCAUCCUUCUUCUUAACCUCCAGCCCAACCCUACAUAUAACCUGAUACUGAACAAGCAUACUGUGUGUGAAAGGACACACUGGCCACAUCAAUACCACUUAGAAACCAUGGUCUAAGGAGCAAAGAAUGGUGUGUGAGAAUAAUCCACAGGGCUUUCACACAGUAACAUGCUUAUCAAAACAAGAUGAUGUUGGGACUGGAGUAGAGUUGCAUAAACCUGGACACAGGUGUUUGUCUGAAGCACAACAGGUACAGAAGUGGGCAGGAUGGUGGAUAUUCCUCUCCAGUUCUGCAUUAGGGAAAAUCCAAGAGACAAUGCUGUAAAGUCCUACAAACAAUGCCAUGAAAAGAAAUCUAGCACCAACCUGAUGUGCAUGUGCAAGGCAGAGUCUUUUGGCAAGCUCCUUUCAAUAGUAGCCUGAGAAAAGGUUGUUACCAAAGAUGACUGGCACAAAGCAAAACUUAGUUCCACUUACUCUGAAAAGAUUUGAACACAUAGAUGAAUUUGUGAGAUCAGUAGUUCUCUUAUGUAGUUCUUUGAAACCUUCAUAAAGGCAUGGCACAUUGUUCAGAACAUGUGCAGAGAUUUAGAAAGUACUAAUGAAGUAUUCAGAAGAGACAAUUUUAUAUGUUGCAAACAUUUUAAUGAUUACUUUUGAGCUUACACAUUGGGUGCUUUUUUUUUUAAACUUCAAACUGCAACAAGUUAAAUAAAUGUUUAUAAUAUACAAAGAAAAUACAACCGAAAGUAAAACUUGCUUUAAGUGUGCCUUGCACUAGGAACCAGUGUUUUUUAAUAGCUUUAUUGUUGAGCUGCACAAACACACUUAAGGAUUUGAUCUUUAUAGCAGGGCAUUUGAGAAAUCAAAAUAUAUUCCCACUUGAAAGAAAAAGAAGAAAAAAAAAACCAGUUGUGCAUGAUUAUACGCAAAAACCCACUAAAAUACUCCAAUA